AUGGGCAUCAAAUCACUCAUCAGUUAUGGUUUUCUCGUCCUGCCCGUGGCUAUCACCCUUGGGGUGCUGCUCGGACUGCAGACAUAUCGAGAAUCGCGUGGAUGGGCACCCCCAUUCAUGAGCAACAAAAUCUCCCGCAAGGAAUAUUGCCAAUUGUCGUUCGGUAUCUCGCCAGACACGACGGGCCUCCAAUACACCCUGAACCCGAAUCAAUGGGGUGUUACUGAUGGUACUACUUCUGGAGGCUUGUGUAUGAAUGUAACAUCAUACGACAAUGGUUCCUAUCCGACAAGAACUACUGCACCUGAAUGGUCCAUCACCUGGCAAUUCCCCCCAGGUCCUCCCACUCAACCCGUCCACGCCUUCUCCAAUAUCCAGAUCGAUCCGUCCAACAACAUCCUCCCAGUUCAGAUUUCCAGCAUCGAACAGAUCAACAUCGCAACGGAAUGGGCAUAUGGCGUUGGGGACGAACGACCAGAGACAAGCAAUGUUGCUGAACUCACUGCCGCCGAACUCAAUGCCAACGUAGCCAUUGAUAUGUUUAUCGACUCGAACCAACAUGCUGCUACAAGCACCGUCGAUGCCAAAUACGAAGUCAUGGUUUGGCUGGCAGACUUCGGAGCCAGCACCCAACCUAUUGGACUUGAACAAGGCGCUGUCAAGACUCAAGAUAUUGGUGGCACCACUUUCUCCCUCUAUUUCGGCGUCAACGGUUUGCGGCAGACUGUCUUGACUUGGAUGGCCAGUGGCCCUGUUCAGAACAUUACAGCUGACUUCCGGCCCCUUCUUCAAGACUUGACAGGUGUUGGAGGUCCUAGCACCACCGACUACCUUGGAUACUUGGCAUUUGGCUCAGAAGCCCUGUGGUCUUCGGCAAAUGUCACCUUCUACAACCCCAGCCUCAGCAUGGACAUUGUGACCAAAUAA